AUGUAUAUUUUCCAGUUUAAGUUUCAUGCGCUGUAUUUUCUAUCAUUCUUCCUUGCAAUGGUGGGAGUAUUUCUGUUUAGCGCGAGAUCUACUCGUCCGUUGAUGCACCCUGAAGUAUUACCGCAACAUGUCAACGAUACUACACAAUCACAGGAUAAUGUAUCUUUGGAAUACGCCGUACCUGCGCUCGAUUGCAUACCUAUAGAAGGUCUUGAACCACCAAUGAGUCGAGAUACAACAUUUACCUCAUUCCUUGGAGGUCCACAAACAAAUAUACCCAAUGGAAUUAUAACAUCUGGACAGAUAAAUGGAACACAAAAUGCUACAAAGGAUCCC